CUGUCAAUGUCAACUGAAAAAUCAAAAUAUUACAAAUAUUUAAACGUUUCCAUGCUAAAAAAUAUUUAAAAACCCUAUUUAAAUUUGAAAACAUGUCGAUUUCUUACAGCGGAACCUUUACUAGGUCUGCCGGUAUUAUAAGUGCUUUAUACAAGCAGCUGAAGCAAGUCAAUUUAAAACCAGUGAAAAAAAUUCAAGUUCAAUUUGAUCCUUUCCAUCCUCAAGCAGUUACAGCCAGGGAGUUUCUUUACCAUAUUAACACGCCGUACGUACAAGACACCAACUUAAAUUGCCUUAUUAAGGCCAAUGUAGUUUGUGACCGGAGUGAACCUGAGAUCAAGAUUGAUUUGUUGGAUUCAGGGACCAUUAAAAUCUUAGCAAAUAACUUGACAGUACUAGAGAUAUUACAACAAAUAAAUAAGCACAUCAGUUCAAAAGUGAAAGUUGAAGAGGUUCAAGUACUGCAAACUAAAUCAGCGAAGAGUAGCGCGGGAGGCAAAAAGACGAGACGAUAAAAUGGUAAAAAAGUCGGGAGAAGCUAGAGUAGAGAUUGUACAUUCAAUUUAUGAGCAGAUACCGGCCUUUACAGAUAUAUUUGAUGAGGAGACAUUUUAUAUUUUUGUGGCUUGUUUUGUUUGCUCAACAAUUGUGGUGGUCUUUAUUCUGUCAAGAUUCAUAACCAUUAAAGCUGUAGAAUAAUAUUUGUUAAGUUUAAUAUAAAAUGUAAAGUCAA